AAAAAAAGAAAACAAUCCCAUUAUUUUUAUACAAAGCAGGGCACUUCUAGCAAAUGUGAUGUUAGCGACAAAUAGGUACAACCGCAAAAACCAAAAGGAUGUCCGAGUCCUCGCGUGAUUUCACGCUUGCGGAAGUUAAAAUGGCAUGAGAAAGAGAGCUCUCCGAGGUGCUGACACCAAUUUGCCCAAAUGGAUGAAAAUCAAGAGUCGUCCUCCUGUAUCAGCAACACCCACAACUCCAGCAACAGCCGUACCAGCAGUAAACCUGGCAGUUCUCCACAGUGCAAUGGGGUUCCAGAACGUCGCACCCUGCUUAGGGUGUCUGAGUCUCAUGGAAUGCAGCUCCUGGGUGUGCUCCGAUCAUUCAGGGAACGAGGCUUGCAGUUUGAUUUUACCAUCAAGGUCCAGGAAUGCAGUUUCCCCUGCCAUCGCUGUGUUCUUGCAGCAUGCAGUGAUUUCUUCAGGGCUAUGUUUGAAGUGGACAUGCGAGAGCGUGGGGAUGGUUCAGUUAUUCUGGGUAACCUGUGUCCAGUGGCAGUGGGUUCCUUUCUGGACUUUGCCUACUCUGGAGAGGCACUCAUCACUGAAGGCAAUGUAGACAUGCUAUUUCAGCUUGCCUCCUUUCUGCAGGUGUCAGUCCUGUCCCGAGCCUGCAGUGACUUCCUGAUAGGAACCUUGGAUCUUUAUAACUGUCUGUCCCUCUUGUCCCUCGCUGAGGCCUAUGGCUCUGCUUCCCUUCUCCAAAAUGCCAAUGAGUUUGUGGUUCAAAACUUUUCUGACCUUUCCAAGACCCUGGAUUUCCUUGAUAUGCAGGUGAAUGUGUUGGAGGCCUCCCUAAGGUCAGAUGCUUUAAAUGUGCCCAGUGAGGAGGCAGUGGUGAUGUCACUUCUUAGAUGGAUAUGUUAUGAUCUCCCAGGAAGACAAAAACUGUUGCCAGGAUUGUUGUCACUAACCAGACUGCACCACCUGCCUGCAGCUGCACUAAAGAUUCUGUGUGAGUCAGACACUCUUCUAUGCAAUGAUGAGUCUUGUCUCGCCCUGCUGUCUGAGGCCCAGAGCAGACAGACUCUUUAUAAUGGCCUACUCACUGAUGCCAGGCCUGCCACAACACAGAGCUACAUCUACAUCCACAAGACAGAGGAGAAUGGAGAAAUCCGCCACACCUUCUGUUACUGUCUGGAAACAGAUCAGUGGAAAGAGCUGGAAACGGGACAUGGGGAGGGGGCAGUUACAAUGCCAGAUCCACCGGGAUCCUGCCUUACCAGCUAUGCUGAGAAGAUGUUUGUCACAGGUGGUUGUCGAGGGAACUGUUGUCGGGCAAUACGUCUCCAUGUGGCCGAGCCAUUCCAUGAUGCCACGGAUGAGGUUUGGUGCUUCUGUCCUGUGACCCUAUCAUGCACAGCUGCACCGGCCAUGCUGAAGCCCCGCACCAUGCACACAGCUGUAACCUGUUUGGACCGAGUAUAUGUAAUUGGAGGACGGACCAAGGGACCCAGAGGGGGGGCUCCCAGUCUGCUGGAGGUGGAGUAUUAUGAUCCUCUGGCCCAGAUCUGGUGUUCAGUCAGCCCACUGCCCACUGCCAUCUUCUACCCUGAAGCCAGUGCUUGUGGCACCAUUAUCUAUACACUUGGAUCAGAGGUGGAAAUCACAGACUCCUUCAACCCCUCACUGGACUGUUUCUUUUGCUAUGAUGCCCGACAAGACCAAUGGAGCCGCCUGGUGACAGAGUUUGGCCAGUUUUUCCAUGCUACACUGGUCAAAGCAGUGUCAAUUCAUAACAUACUACACCUCUGUGACCUGUCCACUUAUAAGGUUUACAGCUUUUGUCCAGAGACUUGUGUGUGGAAGGGUGAAGGGUCGUUUGAGUGUGCCGGGUUUAAUGCUGGAGCAGUGGGUAUGAGAGACAGAAUCUAUAUCCUGGGUGGAGACUAUUCACCUGAUGAGAUCACAGAUGAAGUUCAGGUGUACUACAGUGGGAGGAGUCAGUGGGAGGAAGUGGCACCCAUGCCCAGAGCGCUCACUGAGUUCCACUGCCAGCUCAUCAGCUUCAGCAGAUACAGAGACCCGUGGGGUGAUGCAGCGUAAUACACUGCAGAGAGACAUGCGUAAACACGUGAGCGGACAUACAGGUGCGUUACAUGUCAGUAAUAUAAGCAACUACCUAUGAUGAGUCUCUGGCUUUUAAACCUGUUCACAUGACGGACAGUGCUUCCAGAGGGAAUAACAGUCAUGUCGUCAACUAACGCCACAUCUCCUCUCACAGAUCAUUACAACACAAGAUCAUCUGAGGUGUAUUCAUUUAUUUUUUAUUUAAAGGUUUGAUCCUAAAAUUUGUAUGAGUGAAGCACCUGCUGUCACAGGAUCUUUACUGUGUCAGUCUAAAUAUGGUGCCUCCCAAGGAGGAACCCUAUUAUAUAAGACUAUUUCAGAAAUCUAUUUUAGUACCUUCUGGACUAUUAUGGUUCAAUUUAAUAGCUCCCCUACAGCUAGAAUAAAAAAAACAACAAGAGUUUAUUGUGUAAUAUUUUACACUCCGCCAUGUAAGAAAAAGACAAUGUGAAAGCCCUUUCAGCUUAAUGUGCUUCAUGUGAAAGUACAAGUAAAAAGGUAUUAUUUUGUAAUAUUUUCAUAAAAUUGUCAUAUACACCAUCCUUCAUCUUUGUGGCUUUUCCAUAUUAUUUUUAUGAUUUUCAUUUCUUUGUGCUGUUCUUUCUAACUCAUGGAGAGCUGUUCAUAUAUAGUAAUCUAUUUAAAACUGAGCUAACAUAUUUUCACGGCAGUAUUGUCUAAAUCAUCUUGUGGAUUUUCACUUUAAACAGCUUGCCUUUAUUCAGUUUCAGACCUAUAGCCCCGCAUGCCUUGUUUCUUCUUGAUAUAUAGAAUUUCUGUAUGUGACCAGACAAUAAUAGAUCACCCGAUUCCCCUCUGCAACUGAUUGUUUCUAUUCUGCCAACAAGUGAAAAGUGUGUAACUUUAUCUGUGCUUGUCUAUCAUAAAGAAACAUGCUCUUUAGCUUGAGUCUAUUAACAAGAAGGUCUGCUCAAACAUAAACUCUCAGAAACUGCAAAGAGAAAAAUAUGGGCCUCCUGAUGUAAAUAAUGAAUGCAAUAAGUUUUUGUUGUUAAACAGAAAAAGGACCCAACAACUUAAAGACUGUUUUAUGGCAAGAAUUGAACAUAAACAUAAUGCUUCAUUAUCUGUGUUGAUGUCUUCUAUGAUUAAACACAGUAUCUGCGUUUGACAUGUUCAUAACGUCAGUAAAAGCACAACAAUAGACACAACAGUGUGGUUCAUACUAUCAGUGAAUGACACACUGUGACUCGGGUUACUGUAUAUACUACCGUACAUAGUGACAUGGUAAAGUUUCCUAGCAGUUAUUUUAGAGUCCCACAGUGAAAAACUAGCACUGCAAGCCCCAGUUCAUUUAUUUUUAUUCACCCUCACAUCUGUUCUGUGAUUUAACCUUUUGGCUUUU